CAAUGAUUUCUUCAGCAGACGCUCGUUGAUUGACAGAACUCAGUUGCUUGUGGUCAUUUCUGAGGAUUGCCAGGCUGAUGUCGGAGCUUAUUAAGAUUUAUAGUUAACAGGUUGCGAUUACCGAUUACAAAUGGACUCGAUGAACAACGAAACGACUAAUAACAAUGUGAAAUUGUUGGGGAUCCAUCACACACCGGAAAUUAUCACGCCGUCAUUAGCGUCUUUGGAUGAACUUCCUCCGACACCCCCUCCCAUUGCAACAUCUAUGACUGGUUCUAAGAGUAGUCUACCACAUCCCAUCUCAUCCAUAGAUAAUUCAAGUUCCGACGAAGCUGCUGAACCAGAACGAAGCGCUUCUCAAAAAUCGAACAGAAGCAAGAAAGAAAGAUCGAAGGAGAAGACCGGUACAAUUCGUGUAUUAAGCGGUUUAUACGCUCGAAUAUUAAUCGUAACAGCUGGAAUCAUAGUAAUUACAGAGAUUCUGGACAAUCCUAUUCCUCUUCUCUAUUAUAAUGGAUUUCUUUUUUCCUACCUUAUCGGUGGAAGUGUAGUAUGCUUUUUGACGACUUAUAUUUGUGUAGCAUUUUCUAAAUGUCCCACUCUGAAUGAUGAUAUCGAAUCUGGAGAUUUAAAGAAGAAAUCUGGAGUAUUAUUAAAAGAUAUUAGUAUUUAUCUCCGAGUUGGAAUAUUAGUGCUGGGACUCGGAAUGUUAACAUGGAUAGGAUUAGAAAUAGGAACUUAUUUUACACCAGUAGAAGAGUUAUGCUUGGACGAGCUAAAUUUGGCACAGCCGAUUUUAUUAGGAAUAUUUACAUUUCUACAAAUGCAUUUUCUUUUCAUGAAUAUUCCGAGAGUUCUCAAAUCUCUUGGUUGGUUCCGAAAUAUCGGCCUAAUGCAUCUGCAAGCUGCUAAUCUGGCUGUUUGGAUUCGCUUAUUUUUAUGGGAAACGGCUAAAGAAUGGUUAGAACACAGCCACGUGGUUCAAAAUGCUACAAAUCCAAAAAUUCCUGAAGACUUCAAUGCGACUAUUCACGUUAUGAAUUCUAAUAUGCAACACAAAGUAUAUGUGUCGAAGAAAUGCUGGUGGGAUCCUCAAGAAGACGAGAAAAUCGAACAAGUCCUUUACUAUAGAUAUUGUCUUCAGAGUUCUACAAUUGGUUCCAUAUGGGAAAAAGCCAUGCCUUACAUUUUCCCAUUUGUUCUUCAAUUCAGUUUAGUUUGCAGUGCCGUUAUGUUUCAUCUCUGGCAAUCGUCUACUUUUGUCGUUCAUUAUAACAUUAACAGCACCCCUAGAAGUAUAAGCCCAGAUUCAGAAGUAGUCAACAAACAAAACUGCACUGGUCGAAAAGUAGAUUGUAGAGGAUCGAGUAAAGGAUUAUUUUUAGGACUUUUAGUGACCGUAGUUGGACUAAUAGUUCUUAUCCUAUUUUUUGUUCUGACCAACAAUCAGAAAUUGCAUCUAGAUACGUUAUUUGUUGUGUCUUCUGUUCAUUGCGGAGUUAUGGGCCUUUCCGUUUUAGCUGUAUUCUUAGGAUUAUGCCAGAUAAGAAGAAUGUGUCCGCGUUCUAUACCAGAACCGGAUCUUCAUUCGGCAAUUCAAUCAUGGGGAACGACAGCUGUCUUUUUAUUUGGAGCGUGUGGGAUGAUCGUGGGCAGUAAUCAUCUUCACAAUACGAAAUAUUUAGUAGUAUUUGUCGAUGGAGCUGUUAUGAUAUUUCAUUGUUGCAUUCAAGCUCUCUUUAUGCAUAUCUUAAAUAAGAAAUGCUGCAGACCAGGUUGUCCUCACGAGAAAUCGAAACCGGGACGACAGACCGUAACUUUCCUGAUUUUCAGCAACUUGGUGCUGUGGCUGAUGGAAUCAUUUACUGCUCAGAAUCCAGUAGCUGGUCAGUUACAACUUGGUUUUUAUGGAACAAUACCAUGGGGAAUUAUGUCACGUGGAAUUCUUCCUAUCGUUAUGUGUUACAGGUUUAUGUGUUCUGCGACUAUGAUGGACACAUGGAGGAAUUCUUACGCUUCUAGUAGAUAAAGAAAGAUGUACUGACGUCGGAGACUUCUCCACAAUAAGCAGUCACAUGAUUUGGGAAUAUUUCUCGAACUGAUCUUUGGAAAAAGGCAGCAUUUUUAUACGAAUGAUGUAACUGUGAACAACGCAGUUUUCCAAAUCCAUUAUUUGGGAUAUCACGAAAUGCUAAGAAAAACUAAAGGUUUUCUUAAGCGAAACCCACAAGACUUUAAGAUGUUUAUAUUUUAGCUACAUAAAAAUAUUUAGUAUAUGAUACAUAUUUCAAAACACCAAGUUGAUAUCA